AGCAAGUACGAAGUAUCAAACAAGGAAAAUCUGGUGAAAGAAAGAAGGUUUUGUUCAAAGUUGAGAGUUGAGACACGGCAAGAAUAAAACAUAAACAGAUUGAAUUCUUCUCUCUUCCGAUCGUAAGUUGCUGAACAGAAUUUUUUCAUUUCUACAAAGAUGGAACCUUCGAACCUCACUUCUCUUCCGGAGGAUAGCUUAGAGGAAGAAGAGCCUCAAAAGCCCUCUGCUUUCUCCAACAUUCCCCAUCAUCCAGCAACGCGGACAUCUUUACAAAAAUACUCCCCUUUAGAAUGGUCUGGCUAUUUCGAUCGAGAGGAUGAUAUUUGCAUUCCAGGUUCCAAUGAUGUAUUUCAUGUAUAUUUAGCAGGAUCUGAAGGACCAGUUGUUUUUUGUCUGCAUGGAGGUGGUUAUUCAGGGCUUUCAUUUGGGUUGGCAGCAAGUAAGAUCAAGGAGAGGGCUCGAGUAGUUGCUAUGGACUUGAGAGGACAUGGGAAGUCAUGCACAGAAAAUGAUUUGGACCUAUCUAUUGAGACUCUAUGCAAUGAUGUUUUGGCUGUUUUGAAGACAGUAUAUGGAGAUACUCCUCCUGCAAUUGUGCUUGUUGGCCACAGCAUGGGAGGUUCAGUUGCAGUACAUGUUGCUGCAAGGAAGGCGAUUUCAAGCUUGGCUGGGAUGAUUGUUGUAGAUGUUGUAGAGGGAACAGCCAUGGCUUCAUUGAUUCACAUGCAAAAGGUCCUAUCAAGCAGAAUGCAGCAUUUUCACACUAUUGAAAAAGCGAUUGAAUGGAGUGUGAAAGGUGGCUCUCUAAGGAACAUUGAGUCUGCUCGUAUAUCUGUUCCUUCAACAUUGAAGUAUGAUGAUUCCAAGAAAUGUUAUACAUACCGAACACGGCUAGAAGAAACUGAAAGCUAUUGGAGAGGCUGGUAUGAGGGUCUUUCUGAAAAGUUCUUGUCAUGUCCUGUGCCAAAGCUUUUACUGUUGGCUGGAACUGAUAGACUGGACAGAACUCUUACAAUAGGUCAAAUGCAAGGCAAGUUUCAAAUGGUGGUUGUGCGACACACUGGGCAUGCUAUACAGGAAGAUGCCCCUGAUGAAUUUGCUUCUCUUAUACUUAACUUUAUCUCUCGUAAUCGAAUUGGUCCCCAUGGCGUUGAGGGACGAAGGACUUACCAUUUGAUGAAAGGAAUGACACCUCUAGAAAAUCUCAAUUCAGGGAGACUGAUUAAGAGAAAAAAUGAAAAGAAGUUUCACAGAAAGUCUGUUUUUAAGGAUGAGCCAGCCAUCAAACAAAGGAGAUCCCGGGGCUACGUCGGCCACAACAAUAGUAACAUUAUGAUAGAUGCCGAAGGACUCAAGCAGGCGGCACAGAUGCUUGUUUUGAAAAACAUCUGAGAUGAAAUUGUACUGUCAAUGCUGAAACCACUGAUUUUAUUUGUAAGUUCAGGUAGGAUAGCAAUUUAAAGACGGACGGAGCAAGCCUUCCAUGCUGAAUCUUUUAAGGUUGGUCUCAAAAAGUUUUCUUUUUGGUUGUUUUUUUUCUCUCAACAUGGUUGGUUUGCUCAUUUUGUACACUGGUUUUCUGUUGCAUUUGAAAAACUUAAAUAGAAUAUUUCUCACACUCAAAUGAGAGUGAAAAACUUUCACAAUA